UUCGACAGACGGUGUGUAUCCACCCGCGGAACGGACAGGCGAGCCAGAAUCAUACGAUCGAUCAGCAGUACGAUAUUUCGCCGAUGUCGCCAUCCCGACUCUGGCGUUGGCACAAGGCGUAGACUCAUCUAGAACUUUGUCCACCGUCACUUCGUGUACUUAGUCCUCGAGUGCAAUCUCGUCGUAUUUUAUUUCCUCUGCACAUCGACUGGCUUUUAGCGGUCUCUGCGAAAUCAUCGUCUACCGAGAGGACAACCGAAGGUUGGCGAUAAUAUAUAUUUAGAGGAGCAGUUUUAACAUAAUUUAGACUAAUAACUGCAAAAUGGUGAAGGAGACAACCUUUUACGAUGUGUUGGGUGUUAAGCCCGGAUGUACGCAGGAAGACUUGAAGAAGGCCUAUAGGAAGCUAGCGUUAAAAUAUCAUCCUGAUAAAAAUCCGAAUGAGGGCGAGCGGUUCAAACAAAUCUCUCAAGCCUAUGAGGUGUUGUCAAAUCCUGAGAAGAAGCGUAUCUAUGAUCAAGGUGGCGAACAAGCUUUGAAAGAAGGUGGAAUGGGUGGAAGUGGUUUCUCUUCUCCUAUGGACAUCUUUGAUAUGUUCUUUGGUGGUGGAUUUGGUGGACGAGGUAGGGGAAGAAGAGAACGCAAAGGUCAAGAUGUCAUGCAUCAGUUGUCAGUAUCUUUGGAAGAACUUUAUAAGGGUACUGUACGUAAGCUUGCUUUGCAGAAGAACGUUAUCUGUGAGAAGUGUGAAGGUGUUGGUGGAAAGAAAGGUUCUGUUGAACAAUGUGCGUCAUGUCAUGGUACCGGUUUGCAAGUACAAAUCCAGCAAUUGGGUCCAGGAAUGUUGCAACAUUUGCAAACCAUGUGUUCAGACUGCAAGGGUCAGGGAGAACGUAUCAAUCCGCGCGAUCGUUGCAAGCAUUGCAAUGGAAGAAAAACCAUUAGAGAUAGAAAAAUUCUCGAAGUUCAUGUUGACCCGGGUAUGGUAGAUGGCCAAAGGAUUGUUUUCAGUGGUGAGGGUGAUCAAGAACCGGAUCUUGAGCCUGGAGACAUAGUUAUUCUUCUUGAAGAAAAAGAACAUGAAGUGUUUAAACGAUCAAGGAAUGAUCUAAUCAUGCGUAUGACACUAGAACUAGUUGAAGCAUUAUGUGGAUUCCAGAAAGUUAUCUACACUUUAGACGGUAGAGCUCUAGUGAUAACUUCGCUUCCUGGCACUGUGACAAAGCACGGCGACUUGAAAUGCAUUCUAAACGAAGGCAUGCCGUAUUAUAAAGAUCCAUUCACACGUGGCAGACUCAUAAUACAAUUUGUAGUCAAUUUUCCGAAGAACAUAGAUCCGUCAGUUAUUCCGGCAUUAGAACAAUGUCUACCACCGAGAGGCGAAAUCAUCAUUCCCGACGGUGCCGAGGAAUGUAUACUUACGGAUCUGGAUCCUGAACAAGAGCAAAGGCGUAAAGAUACGAGACAAGCGUACGAGGAGGACGAAGGAGGCCCAUCUAGAGUCCAAUGUGCCACGCAUUAAUUUGAUUACUCUAACCCUGUAAUAAACAUAGCCAUUUCUUUCAUUUCGAACACUUUGUUCCAUUUGCUCGUCUCCGGAUCAUACGAAAGAAAGAAAUAACGAAUGCGUUAGGCAAUUUUGCUCAACAAGCAAAAGAACAUUUUUAUUUUCAGAUUUAUGCAGAAUUGUGAGUACUAUACAGAUAUUGAUUUUUCGACAAUCUUGACAUAAAUAUGCGAUUUGCGGCUGAAGUAAAAAAAUGAAUUACUAUCUAUCAAUUUAUGAGAGAAAUAAUUCUUCGAUUAGUUGAAAUGCAUUGAAGAAACAGUAUAUUUAUAAAUUUUCUGAUAUAAAACUAUCUCGAUUAAAUUAAUUUAUUAUUUUGUGUGGAGUAUCGUUGGAAUUACGUACUUAUCAUUAAAAGUGAUAAAGGAAAUUUAAAUUUACUUAGCAAUUACUCCUUCUGUCUAUGACCGUUAAUUAAUAUUGCUCCAACAACUCAGUUGGAUUAUAACAUAGCUAAAAUAGAAUUUAAAAAAUUGGCUUUUUUGUGGUUAUAUUUUAGUUUUCAAUUGAGUAUCUACACAUGGACGUGCGCGCGCGCGCGUACCACACACACACACAAACAGUACUCUUUUCUGAUUCUAUUCAGAUAUUAGUAGCAACGCACUCGAUUACACCCAAUCCUAAGGGUCUGAGAAUUUGUUAUCUUUUACAGUUUUCUAGAACUCAAAAGUAAUGAUACCGAUGAGAUGUGUGUCGAUCAAUGUGAAAGAAAAUAGUAUAUAAACUACAUCUGAUAAAAAGAAAAACGAUAAUAUAAAAUUAUCGAUCGUAUUAGUGAUCUCGGAAAAAAAAUCUUGAGAACGAGACAUUAUUCCAUAUUCAUAGUAUUUAAUUUUUUGUCUGUGAAGAGCUAGCACAUCCAAAAAUCAACGUGCGAUCUGUAUUAGAUUAUUACAGAAAGUUAGAAAACGGCCAAUAUGAGGGUUAACACGGAUAAUGUGUUGAAAACAACAAUUUAUUAGUACAUAUGUUUCGAUACAGUAAACGGACAUUUUUGCGCGAGCAAAAAAAAAAUCAG